GUUUGAAUCAAACCUUAGGAAUGGCUGACGGAAACAUGUCUUCGCUAUCAUUACAUCCGACUAAUACUCCCCCAGAAAUACCCAAAAUUUCUCGAAAACUUAGAGGUGACAAUUCCGGUGAUCCGAGCGAAAGCAUCCAUCUGAUUCCUCCGACAUCGACCACAUCUGCCGGCGGCCGUCGGGCGGCACGCAAUGGCAAACACGUGACAACUCCUCCGCAAAACAGCGCUCACAGCCAGUCAUCCCAUCCGCGCAAUAAAGCGCUUCCAUCACAACAACACACACAGCAUUCACAGCACUCACAGCUUUCAUCGGUCGUGCAGUCAUCGCAAACCUUGCCAUCCGCGGGACAGUUGCUCUAUAAUCAGGUCCACUUGGCCUACGAGGUCAAGAAACUCAUG